AUGGUGCUGGGAGAGACCGUGACGGCCACGGUGCUGCGCCGCAGUCAGGGGAAUCUUGGCCGGGCGGCAUCUGCCUGUAUGCAGGGUGACAGAACCAGCUUCGAGGAUUUCCACGUCCUUGACCAGACGGCCGCUCUUGUGGCCGUCUUUGAUGGCCACUUGGGUGACGAGGCGGCCGCCUUUUGCGCGGAGAGGCUUCCGCUGCAUUUGGCCAAGGCGGAGACUGCCAGCGAGUGGCAGGAGGCCUUCAAGGCCUGCGACGCGGAGCUGCGCGAGCGCCUGCCGCGGACAGAAGCCGGCACCACGGCCACCGUUGUGCGCGUCAGGGAGGGCUCCCAGGAUGCUCUGGAGCUCCUGGUUGCCAAUUGCGGAGAUUGUCGAGCCCUUCUUUGGAAGAAGGCGCUUGAGCCUGAGGAGAGGGCGACGUUGAUGUCGACACAAGAUCAUCGGCCCGACGACCCGGCUGAGCGUCACAGGAUCGAGCUGGCUGGCGGCGAAGUCACCAAGGACAACCCACCGCGAGUCGAUGGGGUCCUUUCGUGCAGCCGCGCGCUGGGCUCGUUUGAGCUCAAGCAGGCGGAUCGUCGCCCGGAGGACCAGAAGGUCUCCUGUGUACCGGAUGUGUACACUUGGCAUGCCAAACGGGGAGACUGGCUGAUCCUCGCCUGUGAUGGCAUCUUUGACGUUAUGCUCAACCAGAUGGCGCGGGGGUCAAAGUGGCCGCAUACUUUGCUUGGUUUGGCUGCUGCGGAAUGCGGAAAGCCCGGUAGCUUUGACCUGUGA